AGGAGAGACAAGCGGGAGCCACAGGGUGAGGAAGACAGGGACGAAGAAGUAAGAGAGAGAGCGAGAGAGAGAGAUUUCUUUUUUGCCUGACCCCACGCGACCUCCAGGAUGUUUAAGAAAAAGGAGAGUAAGGACUCGGGCAAGAUAAGCAAGGCCCAGGCCAGCAGCGUGGCCUUGCUGGUCGCCCAGAUGCAAAAGAAUGCCGACACAGUGGAGAAAGACAUCCUCAGCUCCGAGGAGCUGAUGGCUGUGGAUGCUGAGAAUGACAAGAAAGAGCUGCCCUUUCAGCACCAGACUGAGAUAAUCCAAAAGCUGGGCGAGGCUGAGGGCCUGCUGCAGGACCUCUUCCUGGAUGUCGACAAAGCCAAGAAGUCCCAACAUCCACAGGCCAGAGAGAUCGAGAGCGACGUCCUCCUCCUCCACGAGCGCUGGUUGAAGGACUGCGUCUUCUACCGAGACAUCUUCGAGCAGGUUGACGACGUGUCGCGGAUGCCCAGAAUCGACUGGGCGCCUGUUUUCAACGAAAAACAAAAACUGGUGAACGUGGAGGAGUACGGCCCCAGCAUGGCAGACUUGGAGAAGCAGGUCGCUGCUCACAACAUCCUGCACAAACAGGUCGAGGCCUACAACUCGCAGCUCUGCAUCAGCUCGGCGGGCAGCAAGGAAUCAUAUACGGAGCUGAAGAAGCAGUACAACAAUCUACUGGACAACUCCAAGUGGCGUCGCCACUACCUGAACAGCCUGUACGAAUACAUGCACGGCUGCAACAAGGAGCUGGUCUUCCUGGGAGAAGAGCAAGAUAAGAUCAAAAAGCAGGACUGGAGUGACCGCAUGGUGGACCCCCCUGACGUCCGCAGGCAGUACGAGAACUUCAAGAACAACAGCCUGCUGUCCCACGAGAACGAGGUGAACAAACUCCAGGACGAAGGAGAAAGACUCAUUGGACUGAAGCACCCAGCCAGUGACACCAUACAAGCUCAGAGAGACGCGGUUCGAAACGAGUGGCAGAAAUUCCUCAAUCUCUGCAUUUGUCAAGAGACACACCUCGACAGUGUGGAGGAAUUCAAAAAGUACCAAAUGGAGACUGAGCAGCUGUCAGAGACGCUGUCCAAACUCAACAAGAGCAUGGACCCCAAUUCCAUGAGCAAGAAUAGCACCUCAACAAUGAUGCAGCUCGAGGCCGAGGAGAAGACCGUACAGAACAGUGAACAGCAGCUGGCCGACCUGAGGAGACGCAGCACGACCAUCGCUCCUCUGAAGCUGCGACGCAGCAACCCCAACAGAUCCGUCACAGUGGAGGCCCUGUGUGACUGGGAGACAGAUAAGGAUUCUCUGCAAAGAGGCGAGAAGUUCACCCUGAGAGCUAAAUCAGACGAGAACUGGGCCAUAACCUCCACCAAUGGGGAAACAAAAACCUUCCCGGGAGUUUGCUUCCAGAUCCCUCCACCUGAUACAGAGGCCAUCGACAAAGUGGACCUGUUGGGUGGUGAACUGACAGAUAUCAAGAAGAGAAGAACUGCUCUGUUGGCAUCGCUGAAGAAUCACAAAUCUGAGGUGUCAAGGUCCCAAAAAUCAGCCCCGGUGUCUUCUGCCCCGCUGGACCCCAAAGUGAAUGUCCUCUCUCAGCAGCUGGACAAGCUGGACAGUGACCUGGCCAGAGCUGAGGAGAGCAUGCUGAGCCGCCUACGAGCCCCGCUGAGCCGCACCGACCCGACCGGAGAUCUGGCCAAGAGAAUGAGGGAACAGGAGGAAGCUGCCAGGGUUCUGAAGGACCUGGAGCAGCAGAAGCAGGCGGCUCAGGCUGACCUGCAACCAUUACUGUCCACAGAUUCCAGCAAUACCUCCUCUGCACUGCCUCUCAAGCUAAGCGAUGCCAACAACAAGCACAACAGCAUUGCAGCACUUGCUGACCUCUACACCAACAAAGCUAAUGCUUCUCUCAAACUGGAGAAUCAGAUUAAGAAGGUGGACGGCCUCGUCUCUGGGUUUGAGAAAAAUCUGAGUGACGAUGGUCCAAUCCCUGAAGUGCCAAAUGCAAUCAAAGCCCGCAUUGAGGACAUUCGGUACCAGCAGAAGGCUGUGACGGCGGCUCAGGACGACAUGAGGAAGCUAAGCCAGGAUCUGGAGGACACGGAGCAGCUGUGCAGCUCUCUGCAGCAGGGCUACCAGGAGUACUGCCCUGACAUCCGGCGCCAGGGGACAGAGGUCAAGCAGUUGCAGACCCGUUACACCAACGCAAACAACCAGCUGAAGGAGAGAGAAAACAUCUUACAAGAAGCUGCAUCCAAGAACCAAGACUUUCAGAGUACGUCCCAAUCCCUGAAGUCCUUCCUGGACAACCUGCCGCAAAACACCAUAAACUACAAUGAUGAUCUGUCUCAGGUGGCUGCCGGGCAGAGCUCCCAAGAGAGGGUGGUAGAUGACCUGAAGAGGAAGGGAGAUGACAUAGACAGAGUGACUGACCUGUCUCAAGACCUGCAGAGUCUCCUCAAUGAUUACGAUCUCAACGUUGACAAAUACAACAGUGCACUAGAGGAUGCUGGAGCCACUGUUGCUCAGAAACCUGCGAUGAUGACACUGAAUGAUGCUAUUCAGAAAGAGGAAAAAGGUCUGGUCAACCGUUACGCUGAAGCAACAGCUGAAAACACCCAACGCCAAAAACAGAUGGGUUUGGCAAAGAAUCUAAUUUUACAAAAUGAAGAGAAAGUCCAACUGGUGGCACAUCAGCAAGUGCAGCUUGAGAGCCAGCAAAAGGGCGCUUUUGAAAUGGACAGUCUGUUGAAAGAGCUGGACGACGAGAAGGAGAGGAAAGCUCAUACCGAGGCAGACCUGAGAACUUUUAAAGAGAGGAUGAUGUCACUGAAGAGUCGCAGAGGAGUGGAGCGUGUUGAGGAGAAAGAAGUACUGCAGUUCUACCGCGACCCCAAAAUGGAAAACGAUUUAACUGAUCUGCAGAGAACACUGCAUGAAGAGUCCAUUAGGCGUAGCACCACCCACACUGAGGUCGAGGUGUUCAACAAGAAAAUUAUUAUCCUGGAGGAAACAGUCAAAAACGCGCCACCCAAACUGUUGACCAGGGAGGUGACAGAGUUUGAGAGAGAUCCUCAGCUGGACGUAGAGGCGGCUAAGGUGAGGGACGAGAUAGCGAAGAUGAGAGAUGAAGUUCGAUUGAGAGAUGGGGAACACAUUCAGAUGAAGACAGAAGUCACAAUUCUCCAGAAUAAGAGACCAACUAUCAAAGAGAGGGUGGUAAAGAAGGAAGUGCUGAAAGUGGAACAGGACCCGCAGAUGUUGAGAGCGGUGCGGACAUUUGAGACGGAAAUUUCAGACGAGAGCAACAAGAUCAAGCUCAUUAAUGAUGAAAUCUUCCAGACGAGGAGCCAGAUUAACGCUCUUGAGAGACUGAUUCCUAACAUUAAACCGAAGGUCAUCACGAAGGAAGUGAAAAAGAUUGAGCAAGACCCUGAGCUCAUCACUGAAUCUAAGAGGAUUCGAACAAACUUGGAGGAAGAGAGGGUUGAAAACGACUCCUUGUCCAAGCUGGUGAUGGACCUACACAGUCGCCACAGAGAAGUUCAAGACUGGAGGCCAAAGGUUGAGGUGAAGGAAAUCGUCAAUGAGAUCUACCGGAUAGACCCCAACACAGAGGUGGACAUAAUGCGCCACAGGAAAGAGAUACAAGACUACAACAAGCAGUGCUUUGAUCUGGAGAGGGACAUCACCAAGAUAACCACUGAAGUGAAUAUCCUACGCUCUGAGAAGCCCAAGGUGGAGAUGAAGGAAGUUAUCCAAGAGGUGGUUAAGGAGGAAAGGAGCCCUGAAAAUGAGAGAGAGAUUCACCGGCUGAAUGAUCAGGUGAACCAUUUACACACCAUGUACAACUCACUCCAGGACCAGGUGAAAGUGAAUAGGCAAGAAAGAGAUGAAUGGAAGACUGAGAAAUCCAAAAUCGAGACCAAAGUCCUCACCAGAGAGGUCAUCAAGUACGAACCUGAUCCUCUGGUGGAGAAAGAAGCUGACCGCUUGAGAAGAGAUGUGCGGGAGGAGGCACAGCUGCGGCGCAACACUGAAGAGAUGGUGUUUGAUCUUCAAAACAAAUACAUCCUGUUGGAGAGGCAGAAGCCUGAGGAGAAAGUGGUUGUUCAGGAGGUUUUGCGUUUACAGAAGGACCCAAGGCAGCAGAUUGAGCAUGAUAAGCUCGGCAGGAACCUGGAUCAAGAAGUCCAGACCCGCCGUCAGCUAAAUCUAGAGUUGCAGCAGCUAAGAACAACGGUGGACGACAAAGAGAGGACCAUCAGGCAGAGUGAUGAGCACCAAAAGAGGAGUCAAGCCGAGUUUGAACUAAAAGAGAUCCGUCUGCGCAUCAGACAGCUGGAAAAUGCCCCACCUCCUGUUGAAGAAAGUAUUAUUGUCGAGGAGGUACUGAAGGUUGAAAGAGACCCAAAAUUGGAGAGGAUGACAGCAGGCCUUCGGUCAGACAUGGACAAGGAAACCAGCAGUAUGCUGCGUAUCCAGAGAGACAUCCGUAACAUCACCCUAAAGAUUGAGAUCCUGCAGAGGGAGAAGUCUAGUGAGAAGACGGUGUACAAAGAGGUUGUCCGUGUUGAGAAAGACCAGGCCGUCGAAGCCGAGAGGGAUGGCCUGAGGGAACAGGUGUCUCAGCACAAAUUUACCAGACAGGACAUGGAAGUUCAAAUCAAACGUCUCAAUGAUAAAAUCAACUUUCUGACGGGCAACAAAUCUAGCACUUCAAGAGAGGAGAGUACCUUGAAUUUGAACAAAGACACCUUACAGAGGGAGCGGGACAACCUCACCCGGGAACUCAGGACACUCGAGGCCUCGAGACAUGACAUCAGCCUGUCUUUCAAGCAGCAGAGCAAGCUGAUGAGCGAGAGAACACAGAUGAGCAGGCAGAGGAGCGAGAUGAUGGGGUCUGACACUCACCGCCUGGAGAGGGAGAUCCUGGACGAAAAAGACAAGAUCCAUCAGCGAGACAGCAGAAUCCGCGAGCUUCUGCUGAACGUGCAGAAAGAGGAACAUGCAGAGACAAGGACCAAAGAGACCAAUGUCUCCACCAAAAUCACCAUUCUGGAUCCAGAUACAGGCAAAGAUAUGUCCCCGUACGAUGCCUACAUGCAGGGCCUGAUUGAUCGCCAACAGUACGUUCAUCUGCAGGAGCUCGAGUGUGACUGGGAGGAGAUUACUUCCCUGGGACCCGAUGGGGAGACAUCUGUACUGCAGGAUCGCAAGAGUGGAAAGCAGUACUCCAUCAAAGAUGCCCUGAGGGAGGGCCGGCUGACAGAGUAUGAUCUACAACAGUACAAAACAGGCAAGAUUCCCAUCUCAGAGUUUGCCUUGCUGGUUGCAGGUGACAAUAAGAAGCAAUCCAAGUCCAACUCAAACCAAAACUCCACCAGCAAUACACUGAACUCAGCAUUCUCAGCCAUCUCCAGUGACAAAGAAAUCUUCCCAGUUGCUGGAAUAAUGGAUACAAGCACUGCCACCUGCUAUACAAUACGCAACGCCACCAUGCGUAACAUGAUCGACCCGAUCACCGCCCAAAAGCUUCUGGAGGCUCAGGCAUCAACAGGUGGGAUCAUUGACAUCAGCAACAAUCAGAGGUACACAGUGAACAAGGCAGCAAUCAAAGGCCUCAUUGAGGAUAGUCAACUGCAGAGGCUACUCAAUGCACAAAAGGCCUUCACUGGUGUUGAAGACCCCAUGACCAGAGAGCUUUUGUCUGUUGGAGAAGCUGUUCAGAAAGGCUGGAUGCCAAAGGACACUGCCAUGCACUACUUGGAGGCUCAGCACCUGACGGGUGGGCUGGUCAAUCCCAAAACCGGCCGCAGGGUGAGCAUCUUUGACGCCAUCGGGGCCAAAAUGAUCGACAGCACGAUGAUAAGGGAGCUGCAGGCCGAGUCGACCUAUAUCAAGAGUAUUGUAGACCCCAACACAAAGGAGAAGAUCAGCUACAAACAAGCUCUGGAUCGCUGCAAGAAAGACCCGGUGUCAGGCUUACCAAUGCUGCCUGCCCCCUCCAAAGAGUCUGGUUACAACUCGACUAGAUAUGCAAGAUUCUAGAUAUGUUUACAACGUAGUUCGAGUUAUCUGGUCUGUGGAGUCAUGAGGUAAAAAUAUUGAUUAUGGUAAAUCCGUACAUUAAUUACAAGGUACAUUUUGACUCAUGAAAGAAAACGUUCUGCCUAGCCAAAGUGAUUGCUGCUGUGUUGCAUUUGUUUACCAAACAUGUCUGAUGUGGGCAGAUGUUUUUUUCAUUUAAUUUAAAAACAUAUAAUAUAAAUGUGGUUUAUCUUUGAUUUUAUUGUUGUAUUAGGGACACUGGGACAAGGUGCAAUGCUUUUUACAAAAAAUGAUUUCAUUCUGUAUUACUCAUGGGCUAUUUUUGACACUUGACUUUAAACUCAAUCUUG